UGUGACUAGUCUGUGCAUCUACAUCUAUCGCAUAUACGUGUAGAUCCGCAACGGAUUGUAUCGUCUUCCGUCCCAGCCAACCUCACAACCUCCGAGCCGAUCUCCCCUAUGGAAGGCAUGAUAUCUGAAAAUCUGACGAUUUAUUAUACCGUGAUACCGUAGAUCUUAAAGGAGAACAUCGUCGUCUACGAUCAUCCGAACAUGAAGGAGUAGUAAUACUCAUAUAUAUGACUUUUCCUCCUGGACGAAAAGAAGUGAAUCACUACACCACGAUUCACUACACAUCGUUUACUACGAUCGUUAUUAUAGUUUUCCCUUAUACUAAUUACACUCUUUACAAUAAUACGAACACGGUUCAGCAAAAGUCUCUACAAUCAUUUGCCUCGAUUCUACUUCGAGUUGCACUUUCCAUCAAUUCACUACACCACCAUCACCAACAUAUCAAAAUGCAACUCUCCCACCUCAUCCUCGCCACCCUCUUCACAGCCAGCAGCCUCGCUGCCCCAACCCUUACGCCAUCUACCCCAACCACCCGUCCUCUUCUCCGCCGAAGGCCCCACGCUGCUCCCGGCACACCGAACUGCACGGGCGGACGAACCUUCCCUACGUUCGUCAAGUUCGAGGGCGGAGACGCACAGAUCACAAAAAGCGUCGACGAAUUCAUGCAGUGCUCCGGCGGCAAGCUGGCCUUCAAGCCAGACGCUAAGGACAAGGCGCCUUAUAGGGGCGAUCCUAAGCAGGCGGAGGACAUGAAGAAUGCUUUGGAUAUUGCGGGUUUGAGGUGUAAGUGUGCGUAGUUGUUGCCAGGGUUGGAGGGGUGGGUUGCUUGGUUGUUGUAUGUACGGCAUUGAAUUGCAAGUGUUUAUUCA